AAAACAAAAGAAUGUGCAAUAAAAAUUAAAAAGUUUGAAAAGAGUGAUGAAUUCGAUUUAAAAAAAGCCUUCAUAAUUGGAAAAGUAUCAGUAUCCAAAACAGAUGUAGAAGUUGAAAAAUUAACUAAUACUUUUUCUGAAUUGAAAAUUUGUCAAGUAGACCAAAGUAAAAAAGGCACUAAUAGAAUAGAUAAGUUAGAGUCAAACAUAGUUGAACUUACCAAAGUUAUUAAAAACAUGGCAGACAAUAAAAAUCAAAGCAAUAAAA